AUGUCAGCAGAUGGAAACAAAAUUGCAGUUGGGGCUCCCGAAUAUGACAGCCCAACUCUACUUGACAUUGGCUUUGCAACAAACUACUUCUGGAAUGGCACUGACUGGCAGCGUGACCUGUAUAGUGAUGGCAGCCUUUUCGUUGCUGGACUGUUUGGAGAAAUUGAAUUUGCUCAAUUGGGGUCGUCUGUAUCACUCUCUGGAGAUGGCAACUGGUUUGCUGUUGGAAUGACCGGAUCUGGAAUCUCUGACAUUGAAUCCACAAGGUCCGGUGAAUGCCGUGUUUACAAAAGGGAUGGGUUGAUCACCCAACCUAAUGUUGAUUGUGGAGCUAUGUUUGGGUCCACUAUCAAUGACGAAUUUGGCUAUUCGGUGGCUCUAAACUAUGAUGGAAGCAUUGUUGCAGUGAGUUCUCCUGGGUAUGAUGUGCUUGGUGGGGCUGGAGAAGUUGGCAGGGUGCAAGUCUUUCAAAGAACUAACGAAAUUUGGGGCCAAUUGGGCAGUGAUCUUUCUGGGGACGAAGAACUUGAUAGAUUUGGGUACUCCGUUGAUUUAUCCGAUGAUGGCAAAACCCUUGUGGCUGGAGCUCCAUUUAGUGUUUUCUUCGACCCAAUAGACCCUCGACGUGGUUACGCUCGCAUCUACAAGUUUGAUGGCACUGAUUGGGUCCUUCAAGAGAUCAGCAGGGCCCAAGGUUUUGAUAUUGAUGGACUUAGGGAAGGUGAUAGGUUGGGAUGGAGUGCUGCUGUUUCUGGUGAUGGGACUAAAGUCCUUGUUGGGGCACCCUUGUAUGAUGGCAUUCCUCCUGAAGGUAAUGGACUUGUCCAAAUGUGGGGACAAACUGACUUUCCCACGUUUUCACCUAUUGUGAAUCCAUUGCCUGAAGUUGGCAACCUGGGCACUGGUGGAAGCCCUGCACAGGCCAGUUUGGUUAGUAGAGCUUACACUUGGUGGCAGGGUGCAAUUGCCUAUUUGGAAGGUUUCUUUGUUUAA